CCGUACUCCUCCCAGGGACAAAGCUGAGGUUAUUGGCAUCGACGGAAAGGUAUUUCUUGUCUAGGAGUACUACAACUUCAUCUGUUCCGACAAUAUUUCACAAUGGCAUUUACAUGGGAUCCGAUUGAUGCCUAUGGCAUCCCUGACCCCAGGGUUGUCACCACAUGUAUCGGACUUCGAAAAGAUAAACAGAAGUGCAACAACCAGGUCGCAAGAGACUCCAGGGAUCUUGCCCUCACGUUUCUAGAUGACCUGGCCGAGCACGCCCCUAGCCCGAGCGUCCUCCAGCAAAAGUUAAGCAAGGUAUCGCACUUAUUACUAUGUCGGAGAAAUCAUCAAAACCAGGCGCCGGCACUUGUCAAAGCAUGGCUCCGCGAAUAUCAGCGUCGACGGCCAGCCGUCCUCGUCCCCGACCGCCACGCCACCGGCUCCCGUCAUGACCCUGUUGACCUCGCCCUCGAGCCGCCCAGCCCCAUGACGAUCGACAGCGCGCCUCCUCGGCCCGAAGCCCAACAGAUGAGCGUCGAAGUGCUGCGGCGGGAGGAUGUGCCAUUCAGCGUCUCCCCCAGUCAGCCUGCCGAAGUCAUAUUGGGGCCAUCAAACUCCCCAAACGGCAGGGAUGCAUCGUUGGUCCUCCGGUCCAUUGGGCAGGGACAGCCAAGUCAGGCAUGCUGCAUCUGCACAGAGAUACAAACUCCGGAGGAGCCCGUGAGUUUGACUUGCGAACGAUGUAAAACACAUAUCCACUUGUCCUGUAUGGAGUCAUGGCUUCAGUCUCUGCCAAGAGGCAACUCAUACUGUCCUGUCUGUCGAGAGAAACGACGGUACAACGCCGUAUAUACCUCGGGCAUGGCUGCAGACCGCGGACCGUCGGAGGUCCGAGGGGCGGAAAGGACGGCCCAGAUCCCAUCAGAGUCCAGCGCUGGGGAUUUGUCGGUGCCACCUCGUCGAUCUCAACGGUCGAGAAGAGAGCCUAACCGCUAUUCACCAUCCUGAUUUUCAUGAAGAGGAACCCCCCCCCCGAGUGUAUACAUUGGAUUUCAGGAUAAACCCGAUGGUAUGAUGGCGGUCGGAUCAGAUGAACGAUGUACAUAUAGCAUACAGCAUCUAACGAGUCUAGUAGCGUUAAGUUUGUUCCUACCUCUCAUGGGCAAUACCAUCACGAAUUAGUAAUUGUAUCCAUGCGAAAUGUACAUAGGUCACGACAAAGCU